UGGGGGAGGCCGGAAGUUGCGACUUCAUCGCUCGCCAUUUCAAGAUGCUGCUGAGGCCUUAGGGCCCGUUGCUGCCUACCCCUCUCCCCCCAAGCCGGGCUCAGCUCGGGAGCGACCCAUGGAGCGGCCGUAAGUUUUAUUAACAGACUAUAAUUUCAUCACUGCCAAAAUGACAUCAUUGUCUACUUCUGCCCAGUGUUCAACAUCUGACGGUGCUUGUAGGAUCUCUUCAGGACAAACCAAUAAGGUACGACCAAAACUGCCACUUUUGAAGAUUUUGCAGGCAGCCGGUGCACAAGGUGAAAUGUUCACUGUUAAAGAGGUCAUGCAUUACCUAGGCCAGUAUAUAAUGGUGAAGCAGCUUUAUGAUCAACAGGAGCAGCAUAUGGUAUAUUGUGGUGGAGAUCUUUUGGGAGAGCUACUAGGAUGUCAGAGCUUCUCCGUGAAAGAUCCAAGCCCACUCUAUGAUAUGCUAAGAAAGAAUCUUGUCACUUUAGCCACUCCUACUACAGGUAUGUCACAUCAUAUUUCUUCAGUGUAUAUAACAGCUUUGAGUUCAUUGGGGUAAAUGGUGGGAAAGCAAGGUGGAUGGAGGUGGAAAUGGAAUGCUGUCUUUGGCAUGACUGGGAGGAAUAUAUAUUACAUGCCACACUGAAUGUUAGUUCUGUGCUAUUUUUCAUUGUGAAACAUCUCAAACAUAUUGAAAAAAGAGAGAUGUCCACUUCCUAGAUGUACUGUUAACAUUUUGUCACAUUUGCUUCAUCUAGACUACUUUUAAAUCUAUCUCUCAUAGAUAAGGUCUUUGUUCCUUCAAACAUACAAUACCAUUAGUACACAACAAAAUUAAUAUCAUAAUUCUAAUAGCCAGUAUAUGUGUUGUUUCCCCCAGUUAUCUCAAAAAUAUUUUAUAUUUGACCUGCUCAAAUCAGAAUCUAAAGUCCACACGUUGCAUUUGGUUAUGUUUCAUAAGUGCCUUUAAUUUAUAAAACUUAACCCUCUUUUUUUCAUGUCACUUAUUUGUUGAAGAAAUGGGUCAUUUUUCUGUAGAAUUUUCCACAUUCUGGAGUUGAAGAUUGUGUCCUUGUAAUUUUGUUUAACAUGUUUCUUUAUGUGCCCAUUUUCAGUAAAUAGUAGUGCUUGAGUAGAUUCAAGUAUAAAUUUUUUGCCAAGAAAGCUUUGUAUACUAUAUAAUAGUAUAUUUGCCAUAUACUAUUGUAAAGGAGGUGCUUUGUACUUCUGCCUUAUCACUCAUACAGGGUCUGCCUGUCCCUCUUAGUCAUGUUAAGAUUCUGUGGGCUCAGGUGAUAGCAGUCUGAAGACUUGUUCCUCUUAGAACCUUUCACUUAAUUGUUUUAGCUCUCUGUAACCUGAAUGGAAAUUUGUCUUAUCUUUUGCUUGAUUCCAGACCUUUUAAGUACUAAGGUCUUUGCGUUUAAUCUAUUAGGUAUGUGCAGAAAACUGGCUGCUUUGGGGUCUGAGGUCUCCAAAAUGGUGGUGUGUUAGAGUAGAUGAAUAAACUGCAUACAUCUGAAAUGUAAUUGUAUAUCUCUCUUGAUUUCCAAAUUAUCUCCCCCCUCCCAACUCCUACAUAUGAAUCGCUUUUGUGAGCAAGAUAACUUUGUUCUUUGAAGAAAGCUCGUUUGUAAUCUCUUUAAAUUGGCUAUCUUUUGAUAGGUUAUUGAAAUAAAUAAGCUGAAAAGAAUUUUUUUU